GUCGCAGCAACACAUCACUCAACCGAUCUGCAAAUUCAGAGUGAAAGGGUAGCUUUGAGACUUGUGAGAAACGAUAUGCUGGCUCCUGUUUUCCUUUUUCUUUUUCUUUUUUACCUUGUCAUUCUCUCUAGAAUCCCAGUUUCCCCCUUGUAUUGUGCGCCGUGUUACCCCGCCCUAUCUUUCUGGGCGUUGAGCCAGAGCACACCGCGGAAUUCUGGCCAAGUCUAGCGUCAUCGGUCAUCUCGGUGUUGGCUACUUUAGGACUUGCCUAAUCUACUCCUUAUCAAAAAAUGCAGCUGGUUGAUCUUAUUGCAUUGUCUCCUUGAGGCUAACUAGCCAAACACUUCAAUGUGCUGCCUGAAAAUAACAAUAAUAACGCCACA